ACGUACCUGAUAGAGAUAUCCUGCUGUCUCCCUUCAGUGCUACGGCUGAACCCUGAGGAGCUGAAGGCUCUAUUUGAGUUUGAGGAGCAGUGUGUGGAGGAGUAUUUCAGAGAGAAGGAGGACGAGCACCAUUCAUCCAGCGACCAGAGGAUCAAGGUCACAUCAGAACGGUAAGACAAUCCCACCCAAUCACAAUGCUCACUGCAAAACACUUCCACCCAAUUACAACGUCUGCUGAAGAUGGCACAGAUGGUUCAUUAAAUUAAAAUGACCAUGACCAAAAGUGUUGUCGAAUCUGGUAUUUUAUAAGUGUGAAGUAUCAGUUCCUGAAGCUACUGAUGUUGUUGUUCUAGGAGCUUGUCUAAUAUGAACCUUCUGUCUCUCCUUCCUCCCCCCAGGGUGGAGAACAUGUCCAUGCGUCUGGAGGAGGUGAAUGAGAGGGAGAACACCAUGAAGGCGUCCCUGCAGACGGUGGACCUUCGCCUGGCUCAGCUGGAAGACAUCCACAGCCGCAUGGUGAACGCCCUAGAGAAGCUGGCUGGGGUCGACCAGUCAGAGCUGAAACGCUCCCACUCCACACACUCGUCCCACUGCGACCCGUCCUCCCUGCUCCGAGCCAGCUCCAUCAACAGCGUUGACGGCUACAGCAUGUACCGCUUCCAGAUGGACGUGGACGAGCAGUCUCAGAGGGAGACGGAGAGAAAAGCUCCGCUUGGCCCUGAGAGGCAGGGCAGCGUACAGUCUUGUUUAGGGUCUGAAAGAAAGGGCGGUGUAAGCAGCACAUCCAACCUGUCUGUAGGUCCGGAGCGACAGGGCAGUCUACAGAAAGCAUCUAGCGCAUCUACCCUGACUGUAGGCCGGGAGCGACAUGGCAACCUACAAGCCAGGGCCGCCAAGGACUACGGCCUGCCGUUAGACAUGGACAGAGCAGACAGGACACGGCCCAGCUCCUGUGUGGACAUCCUGAUCUCCCCAUGUGAACAAAGGGCUGAAGGGGAGACAGGUGGAGGCGAGACUGUGACUGACAUACCUAAAGACAAAGUACCAGACCCUACAGAUCCACUGGAUGCUGCAUUAGCUAAAGCAGGUCUACCAAGAGAGAAGACCAAACUGGAGAAGUCUAAAUCUGUUAAAUGCUAUCCCAGCGACCUUGUAGAUAACUGCACUACCUCUAGGGCCAGGGCUAAGAGCACUAUUCUCUACGACCAAGCUGCUGCCAAUUGCGAGGCCCUCUGGGUUGCAGACUUCAAUCCUAAACAGGAAGCCCCAGACACUAGAGAUCUGCUGGAUACUGCAUUAGCUAAAGAUGGUCUCCCAAGAGAGAAGCCCAAGCUGGUGGCUACCAUGUCCUCCCCAUUGGAGAAGUUAAUCCAUGCUAUACCAUGCUACCACACCAAAUCUCUGGUUAUCCCUCGAUCCGCUAGGACCAGGGCUAAAAGCACCAUCUCACCAACAACAGCAGAGGAUGACAGCAAGGCCCUCCGGACUGCAGACUACAGAUCUGUGAUGGACCAGGUGGCCAAUGCUCCAGGCCAGUUGGCAGCCUGCUGGGAGUACAAGGUCCACCACAGCCACAUCGGACAACAGCCUCGUGGCCAGCUGCUACCUGACACGGAGAGUGUCUCUGAACCUGGGUCUGAACAACAGGAGUCUGACAUGGUUCCUCUGAUUCCACCAGCCGAAGAGACUGAACUGCUUAAACCACCUUCUGACAUGGUUCCACAAGAGGCUUUGCUGGUUAUACCAGAGGCUUUGCUAGUUCCUCCAGACAUGAAGUUGUCCCCAACCCCUCCUCUGACUGAGUUGGAUCCUCAGAAGACUGAGAAAGUUCCACGAGUUCUUCCACUGUGUCCUCCAACUAUAGAAACAUACCUGGUUCUUCCAACCAUAGAAACACACCUGUUACCUCCAACCAUAGAGACUGAACUAGUUCCUCCAGCUAUAGAGACUGAACUAGUUGUUCUAGCUAUAGAGACUGAACUAGUUACUCCAGCUAUAGAGACUGAACUAGUUGUUCCAGCUAUAGAGACUGAACUAGUUCCUCCAGCUAUAGAGACUGAACUAGUUAUUCCAGGUAUAGAGACUGAACUAGUUGUUCCAGCUAUAGAUACUGAACUAGUUCCUCCAGCUAUAGAGACUGAACUAGUUCCUCCAGCUAUAGAGACUGAACUAGUUCCUCCAGCUAUAGAGACUGAACUAGUUCCUCCAGCUAUGAGACUAGAGACUAUAGAACUACUUAUCCAGCAUAGAGACUGAACUACUUAUUCAGCAGACCAUGACUGAAACUAGUUCAUUAAGAUGAACUAGUUUUCCAGUAUAGAGACUUAACUACUGUAUUCCCAACCAUCAGCAUGAACUGAACUAGUUUCCCAGAGCUAUCCAAAGACUGAACUACCUAUUUUAAACAGUUAUUUAAACAGUAGAGACUUACUAGUUUCAACAUCACAUUGAACUAGUUAUCAGCUAUAGACUGAAUCUUUUAAACAGCCUGAACUAGUAUUAUCCAUAAGCCAACCCACAGAGAAAUGAAUUAGUUAUUAAACAAUGGGAGAAGAACUAGUUAUUCCAAAAUAUAGAGACUGAAAUAGUAAUCCAACAAGAGUGACUGAAAAAGUUCCUCCACCCAUACAAACUGAACUAGGUUUAAUCCAACCAUACACACUAAACUAGUUAUUCCAGCUAUAGAGACUGAACUAGUUAUUCCAACCAUAGAGACCUAACUAAUUAAUCCAUCUGUAGUGACUAAAGUAUUAUUUCAACAAUAGACACUGAACUAGUUAUUCCAGCUAUUGAUAUGUAACUAGUUAUACCACCCAUAGAGACCGAACUAGUUUUUCCAACCAUAGAGACUGAACUACUUAUUCCAAACAUAGGGUGGCACACAAUUGGCCCAGCGUCGUCCAGGUUUGGCCGGUGUAGGCCGGCAUUGGAAAUAAUAAUUUGUUCUUAACUGACUUGCCUAGUUAAAUAAAGGUAAAAUAAAAAUAAAAUAAAAAAAUAGACUGAACUACUUCCUGCAACCAAAGAGACUGAGCUAGUUAUACCUACUAUAGAGACUGAGCUAGUUAUUCCAACUAUAGAGACUGAGCUAGUUAUUCCAACUAUAGAGACUGAGCUAGUUAUUCCAACUAUAGAGACGGAACUAGUUAUUCCAACUAUAGAGACUGAGCUAGUUAUUCCAACUAUAGAGACUGAGCUAGUUAUUCCAACUAUAGAGACUGAGCUAGUUAUUCCAACUAUAGAGACGGAACUUAUUCCUCCAAUCAUACAGACUGAACUGAUUAUUCCAACCAUAGAGAUUUAACUAAUUAUUCCAGACAUAGAGACUGAGAUAGUUAUUCCAGCUAUACAGACUGAACUAGUUAUUCCAAGUAUAGAGACUGAACUAUUAUUCCAACCGUAGAGACUGAAACAUUUAUUCCAACCAUAGAGACUGAACUAGUUAUUCCAACAAUAUACACUGAACUAGUUCCUUAAACAACAGAGACUGAAGUAGUUAUUACAACCAUAGAGACUGAACUUAUUUUUCAAGCUAUAGUGACUGAACUACUUAUUCCAUCCAUAGCAAUUGAACUAGUUAUUCCAAACAGAGACUGAACUAGUUAUUCCAACAAUAGACAAAUAAUUAGUUCAUCCUACAAUAGAGACUGAACAAGUCAUUCACAGCAAAGAAACUGAAUUAGUUAUUCCAGCUUUAGACUGAACUAAAUAUUCCAGCCAUAGAGUCUGAGCUAGUUAUUCCAUUAUACAGACUAAACUACUUAUUUUAUCCAUGGAGACUUAACUAGUUAUUCCAGCUAUAUAGACUGAACUACAUAUUCCAACAAUAGAGCCUGAUUUAGUUAUUCCAAACUUAUACUGAACUAUUUCUUCCAACCAUAUAGACUGAACUAUUUCUUCCAACCAUAUAGACUGAACUAUUUCUUCCAACCAUAUAGACUGAACUAUUUCUUCCAACCAUAUAGACUGAACUAUUUCUUCCAACCAUAUAGACUGAACUAUUUCUUCCAACCAUAUAGACUGAACUAUUUCUUCCAACCAUAUAGACUGAACUAGUUCCUCCAACCAAAGAGACUGAACUAGUUAUUCCAACCAUAGAGACUGAACUAGUUAUUCCAGUUAAAGAGACUGAACUAAUUAUUGCAACCAUAGAGACUGAACUAGUUUUUCCAGCUAUAGUGACUGAAUUACUUUUUUCCAACCAUAGCACUUUAACUACUUAUUCCAACCAUAUGGACUGAAAUCAUUUGUCCAGCCAUACAGACUGAUCUAGUUAUUCCAGCCAUACAUACUGAUCUAGUUAUUCCAACAAUAGAGCCUGAUUUAGUUAUUCCAAACUUAUACUGAACCAAUUCUUCCAACCAUAUAGACUGAACUAGUUCCUCCAACCAUAGAAACUGAACAAGUUAUUCCAGUUAAAGAGACUGAACUAGUUCCUCCAGCUAUAGAGACUGAACUAGUUCCUCCAGCUAUAGAGACUGAACUAGUUCCUCCAGCUAUAGAGACUGAACUAGUUCCUCCAGCUAUAGAGACUGAACUAGUUCCUCCAGCUAUAGAGACUGAACUAGUUCCUCCAGCUAUAGAGACUGAACUAGUUCCUCCAGCUAUAGAGACUGAACUAGUUACUCCAGCUAUAGAGACUGAACUAGUUCCUCCAGCUAUAGAGACUGAACUAGUUCCUCCAGCUAUAGAGACUGAACUAGUUCCUCCAGCUAUAGAGACUGAACUAGUUCUUCCAGCUAUAGAGACUGAACUAGUUCCUCCAACCAUAGAAACUGAACUAGUUAUUCCAGUUAAAGAGACUGAACUAGUUAUUGCAACCAGAGACUGAGCUAGAUAUUCCAACCAUAGAGACUGAACUAGUUCCUCCAAUCAUAGAGAAUUAACUAGUUAUUCCAACCAAAGAGACUGAAAGUUAUUCCAACCAUAGGAUCUGAACUAGUUAAUCCAGCCAAAGAGACCUAAAUAGUUAUUCCAACCAUACAAAAUUGACACACAUACUGAACUAUUUUGUCGAACCAUAGAGACUGAACUAGUUCAUUGAACAAAGGAGACUGAACUAGUUCCUCCAAUCAUACAGAGUGAACUAGUUAUUCCAGCUAUAGAACUGAUAUAGUUAUUCCAACAAUAGAGACUGAACUAUUAAUUCCAUUCAAUAGAGACUGAACUAGUUACUCCAGCUAUAGAGACUGAACUAGUUCCUCCAGCUAUAGAGACUGAACUAGUUUUCCAGCUAUAGAGACUGAACUAGUUCUUCCAACAAUAGAGACUGAAAUAGUUAUUCCAACCAACGAGAAAGAAUGCACUAGUUAUUCCAACCAACGAGAAAGAAUGCACUAGUUAUUCCAACCAACGAGAAAGACUGAACUAGUUAUUCCAGCUAUAGAGACUGAACUAAUUAUACCAAUCACAUAGUCUGAACUAGUUCCUCCAGCUAUAGAGACUGAACUAGUUCCUCCAGCUAUAGAGACUGAACUAGUUCCUCCAGCUAUAGAGACUGAACUAGUUUUCCAGCUAUAGAGACUGAACUAGUUCCUCCAGCUAUAGAGACUGAACUAGUUCCUCCAGCUAUAGAGACUGAAAUAGUUCCUCCAGCUAUAGAGACUGAACUAGUUUUCCAGCUAUAGAGACUGAACUAGUUAUUCCAGCUAUAGAGACUGAACUAGUUCCUCCAGCUAUAGAGACUGAACUAGUUCCUCCAGUUAUAGAGACUGAACUAGUUCCUCCAGCUAUAGAGACUGAACUAGUUCCUCCAGCUAUAGAGACUGAACUAGUUCCUCCAGCUAUAGAGACUGAACUAGUUCCUCCAGCUAUAAAGACUGAACUAGUUCCUCCAGCUAUAGAGACUGAACUAGUUGUUCUAGCUAUAGAGACUGAACUAGUUACUCCAGCUAUAGAGACUGAACUAGUUGUUCCAGCUAUAGAGACUGAACUAGUUAUUCCAGCUAUAGAGACUGAACUAGUUGUUCCAGCUAUAGAUACUGAACUAGUUCCUCCAGCUAUAGAGACUGAACUAGUUCCUCCAGCUAUAGAGACUAAACUACUUAUUCCAACCAUAGAGACUGAACUACUUAUUCCAACCAUAGAC